AUGAAGAAGAUCAGCAAUAUGAAAUUUCUGUUCUUCUUCUUCUUCUACUACUGUUGCAUUGGUUGUUACUCUUUGGUGUUGAAUGAUGAAGUAUCGAUUUUACUAUCGAUAAAAGAAAAACUCAUCGACCCAUUGGAUCGGCUCGGAGAUUGGAAAAUGCCAAACAAUGGAGUGGUGAACAGUUCAGUUCACUGUAGUUGGACUGGAGUACAGUGCAACUCCAAUGGUGCUGUGGAGAAGCUUGAUCUCUCCCACAUGAAUCUCAGUGGCAGUGUAUCGAAUGACGUCCAAUUGCUACAAAGCCUUUCUUCUCUCAACUUGUGCUGCAAUGAGUUUUCAUCACCAUUGCCAAAUUCUAUAUCCAAUCUCACUGCAUUGAAAAGCAUUGAUGUGAGCCAGAAUUUCUUUGUCAAUGGCUUUCCACUAGGUCUUGGAAGUGUGGCUGGUUUGACAACAUUGAACGCUUCGAGCAAUAACUUCUCAGGUUCUCUUCCUGAGGACCUUGGAAAUGCAACAUUUCUGGAAAGCCUAGAUCUCAGGGGAAACUUUUUUGAAGGUUCGAUCCCAUUGUAUUUCAAGAACUUGGGAAAAUUGAAGUUUCUUGGCCUUUCAGGAAACAACCUUACAGGUCAUAUACCGCACGAGCUAGGCGAACUUUCAUCAUUGGAGACUAUAGUCCUUGGGUACAAUGAAUUCGAAGGUCAAAUUCCAGCUGAGAUUGGAAAUCUCACCAAUCUCAAGUAUCUUGACUUGGCAGUUGGCAAUCUUGGUGGCUCAAUUCCAGCAGAACUGGGGAGGUUAUGGUUACUGAAUACAGUCUUCUUAUACAAGAACAAUUUUGAAGGGAAGAUCCCACCAGAAAUUGGCAACAUAGCUUCAUUACAGCUGCUUGAUCUCUCAGAUAACAUGUUAUCAGGAGAGAUUCCAGCUGCGAUAGCUGACCUGAAGAAUUUGCAGUUAUUGAAUCUAAUGUGCAAUCAAUUGUCAGGUUCAGUUCCUUCUGGACUUGGAGGGUUGACUCAAUUAGUCGUCCUUGAGCUAUGGAACAAUUCCUUGUCAGGCCCUUUGCCAAGUGACCUUGGUCAUAAUUCACCACUACAGUGGUUGGACAUAUCGACUAAUUCAUUCUCUGGUCCAAUUCCAGCAAACUUGUGCAAUGGAGGUAACCUCACUAAGCUCAUUCUUUUCAAUAAUGCUUUCUCUGGUCCGAUUCCUACUGCUUUAACGACAUGUAUGUCCCUAGUUCGUGUCCGCAUGCAAAAUAAUCUUCUUUCUGGUACAAUCCCAGUUGGCUUUAGCAAACCUGUGAAGCUUCAAAGGCUGGAACUGGCUAACAAUAAUCUGACUGGCCAAAUCCCAAAUGACAUUGCUCUUUCUACAUCUCUUUCUUUCAUUGAUUUCUCACAAAACCACCUUCAAUCUUCUCUCCCUUCCUCCAUUCUUUCCAUUCCAAAUCUUCAAAACUUCAUGGCCUCAAAUAAUAACUUGGUAGGAGAGAUCCCGGACCAAUUCCAGGACUGUCCUUCACUUUCCGUCCUUGAUCUCUCCUCAAACCAUUUUACUGGAAGCAUUCCAGCAAGUAUUGCUUCAUGUGAGAAAUUGGUGAAUUUGAAUCUCCGAAGCAACCAAUUAACUGGACCAAUUCCAAGAGCGAUUGCAAUGAUGCCCACAUUAGCAAUUCUUGAUCUGUCAAAUAAUUCUCUCACUGGAGGGAUCCCUGAGAAUUUUGGGAACUCACCAGCCUUAGAAAUGCUCAAUGUUUCUUACAAUAGGCUCGAGGGUCCUGUGCCUGAAAAUGGCAUGCUCAGAACAAUUAACCCAGAUGAUCUGGGGGGAAAUGCCGGUCUCUGUGGUGGGGUGCUACCUCCAUGCUCCCAAAAUUCAGCAUACACAUCGAAGCAGAGGAGUGUGCAUGCGAAACACAUCAUUGCCGGAUGGAUCAUUGGAGUUUCGACGCUUCUAGCUCUUGUAAUAUCUGUGUUUGGGGCUCAAUCUCUAUACAAAAGGUGGUAUGCAAAUGGAAGUUGCUUUGAGGAAAGGUUCGAAAUGAGCAGUGGAGAGUGGCCUUGGAGAUUAAUGGCAUUCCAGAGGCUUUGUUUCACUAGCAAUGACAUUUUGGCUUGCACCAAGGAAUCAAAUGUGAUUGGAAUGGGAGCAACAGGGAUUGUGUAUAAGGCCGAGAUGGAACGGCUAAAUACAGUUGUGGCAGUAAAGAAACUCUGGAGAUCAGGAACUGAUAUUGAAAUGGGAAGCAAUGAUGAUCUUGUAGGGGAGGUAAAUCUCCUGGGGAGGUUGAGGCAUCGAAACAUUGUAAGGCUGAUUGGAUUUCUUCACAAUGACACCAAUGCAAUGAUAAUUUAUGAGUAUAUGCAGAAUGGCAGCCUAGGGGAAGCUUUACAUGGCAAACAAGGAGGGAGGUUGCUUGUGGACUGGGUUUCGCGAUACAACAUUGCGGUUGGAGUGGCGCAAGGACUUGCUUACCUCCACCAUGACUGUCGCCCACCUGUGAUACACCGGGAUGUCAAGUCAAAUAACAUACUGCUCGAUACAAAUCUUGAAGCAAGGAUUGCUGAUUUUGGGUUGGCCAGGAUGAUGAUUAAGAAGAAUGAGACACCAAGAACAAUGAAGAAGAUCAGCAAUAUGAAAUUUCUGUUCUUCUUCUUCUUCUACUACUGUUGCAUUGGUUGUUACUCUUUGGUGUUGAAUGAUGAAGUAUCGAUUUUACUAUCGAUAAAAGAAAAACUCAUCGACCCAUUGGAUCGGCUCGGAGAUUGGAAAAUGCCAAACAAUGGAGUGGUGAACAGUUCAGUUCACUGUAGUUGGACUGGAGUACAGUGCAACUCCAAUGGUGCUGUGGAGAAGCUUGAUCUCUCCCACAUGAAUCUCAGUGGCAGUGUAUCGAAUGACGUCCAAUUGCUACAAAGCCUUUCUUCUCUCAACUUGUGCUGCAAUGAGUUUUCAUCACCAUUGCCAAAUUCUAUAUCCAAUCUCACUGCAUUGAAAAGCAUUGAUGUGAGCCAGAAUUUCUUUGUCAAUGGCUUUCCACUAGGUCUUGGAAGUGUGGCUGGUUUGACAACAUUGAACGCUUCGAGCAAUAACUUCUCAGGUUCUCUUCCUGAGGACCUUGGAAAUGCAACAUUUCUGGAAAGCCUAGAUCUCAGGGGAAACUUUUUUGAAGGUUCGAUCCCAUUGUCUUUCAAGAACUUGGGAAAAUUGAAGUUUCUUGGCCUUUCAGGAAACAACCUUACAGGCCAUAUACCGCACGAGCUAGGCGAACUUUCAUCAUUGGAGACUAUAGUCCUUGGGUACAAUGAAUUCGAAGGUCAAAUUCCAGCUGAGAUUGGAAAUCUCACCAAUCUCAAGUAUCUUGACUUGGCAGUUGGCAAUCUUGGUGGCUCAAUUCCAGCAGAACUGGGGAGGUUAUGGUUACUGAAUACAGUCUUCUUAUACAAGAACAAUUUUGAAGGGAAGAUCCCACCAGAAAUUGGCAACAUAGCUUCAUUACAGCUGCUUGAUCUCUCAGAUAACAUGUUAUCAGGAGAGAUUCCAGCUGCGAUAGCUGAACUGAAGAAUUUGCAGUUAUUGAAUCUAAUGUGCAAUCAAUUGUCAGGUUCAGUUCCUUCUGGACUUGGAGGGUUGACUCAAUUAGUCGUCCUUGAGCUAUGGAACAAUUCCUUGUCAGGCCCUUUGCCAAGUGACCUUGGUCAUAAUUCACCACUACAGUGGUUGGACAUAUCGACUAAUUCAUUCUCUGGUCCAAUUCCAGUAAACUUGUGCAAUGGAGGUAACCUCACUAAGCUCAUUCUUUUCAAUAAUGCUUUCUCUGGUCCGAUUCCUACUGCUUUAACGACAUGUAUGUCCCUAGUUCGUGUCCGCAUGCAAAAUAAUCUUCUUUCUGGUACAAUCCCAGUUGGCUUUAGCAAACCUGUGAAGCUUCAAAGGCUGGAACUGGCUAACAAUAAUCUGACUGGCCAAAUCCCAAAUGACAUUGCUCUUUCUACAUCUCUUUCUUUCAUUGAUUUCUCACAAAACCACCUUCAAUCUUCUCUCCCUUCCUCCAUUCUUUCCAUUCCAAAUCUUCAAAACUUCAUGGCCUCAAAUAAUAACUUGGUAGGAGAGAUCCCGGACCAAUUCCAGGACUGUCCUUCACUUUCCGUCCUUGAUCUCUCCUCAAACCAUUUUACUGGAAGCAUUCCAGCAAGUAUUGCUUCAUGUGAGAAAUUGGUGAAUUUGAAUCUCCGAAGCAACCAAUUAACUGGACCAAUUCCAAGAGCGAUUGCAAUGAUGCCCACAUUAGCAAUUCUUGAUCUGUCAAAUAAUUCUCUCACUGGAGGGAUCCCUGAGAAUUUUGGGAACUCACCAGCCUUAGAAAUGCUCAAUGUUUCUUACAAUAGGCUCGAGGGUCCUGUGCCUGAAAAUGGCAUGCUCAGAACAAUUAACCCAGAUGAUCUGGGGGGAAAUGCCGGUCUCUGUGGUGGGGUGCUACCUCCAUGCUCCCAAAAUUCAGCAUACACAUCGAAGCAGAGGAGUGUGCAUGCGAAACACAUCAUUGCCGGAUGGAUCAUUGGAGUUUCGACGCUUCUAGCUCUUGUAAUAUCUGUGUUUGGGGCUCAAUCUCUAUACAAAAGGUGGUAUGCAAAUGGAAGUUGCUUUGAGGAAAGGUUCGAAAUGAGCAGUGGAGAGUGGCCUUGGAGAUUAAUGGCAUUCCAGAGGCUUUGUUUCACUAGCAAUGACAUUUUGGCUUGCACCAAGGAAUCAAAUGUGAUUGGAAUGGGAGCAACAGGGAUUGUGUAUAAGGCCGAGAUGGAACGGCUAAAUACAGUUGUGGCAGUAAAGAAACUCUGGAGAUCAGGAACUGAUAUUGAAAUGGGAAGCAAUGAUGAUCUUGUAGGGGAGGUAAAUCUCCUGGGGAGGUUGAGGCAUCGAAACAUUGUAAGGCUGAUUGGAUUUCUUCACAAUGACACCAAUGCAAUGAUAAUUUAUGAGUAUAUGCAGAAUGGCAGCCUAGGGGAAGCUUUACAUGGCAAACAAGGAGGGAGGUUGCUUGUGGACUGGGUUUCGCGAUACAACAUUGCGGUUGGAGUGGCGCAAGGACUUGCUUACCUCCACCAUGACUGUCGCCCACCUGUGAUACACCGGGAUGUCAAGUCAAAUAACAUACUGCUCGAUACAAAUCUUGAAGCAAGGAUUGCUGAUUUUGGGUUGGCCAGGAUGAUGAUUAAGAAGAAUGAGACAGUUUCGAUGGUUGCUGGAUCUUAUGGAUACAUAGCCCCAGAAUACGGGUACACAUUGAAAGUUGAUGAGAAGAGUGAUAUUUACAGCUACGGGGUCGUUCUCAUGGAACUUCUAACUGGAAAACGGCCACUAGAUCCUGUAUUUGGAGAAUCUGUUGAUAUAGUUGAAUGGAUUCGAAUGAAGAUUAGAGACAACAAAGCUUUAGAAGAAGCAUUAGACCUGAGUGUCGGAGGGACCAAACACGUCCAAGAGGAGAUGCUUUUGGUCCUUCGGAUAGCACUUCUUUGUACAGCCAAGCUCCCUAAGGACAGACCUUCCAUGAGGGAUGUCAUAACGAUGCUUGGAGAAGCCAAGCCUCGGAGAAAAAGCAGCAGCAGCAGCAACAAUGGUGGGACUCCCACCAGCAAAGAUAAGCCAGUAUUUAGCACAUCACCUGUAAAUGGCCUGUGA